GCGUUUCGCAUCGGUCGACGAACCCAUACGGACGCAUCGUCAUUGCACGGGGCGCGGCGGCCAUUUUGUGACGCUAGCCGAUUCGAACGGAGCGGACGGAAUCGGCCGAAGUGAACCGAAUGCGUGUGGCGUCGUCAGUAUCAGUAUGCGUUAGCGUGCGAACGCAUUUUUAUCACAUUCGAAACGGUUUUUUUUUAAUUCAAAUAAUUCAAUUUGUACAGUUAGUAAAGUUUCACACACAAUGGUUGACGAACAAGCUUUAAUGGAGUUAGUAAAAAUCAACGAACCGCUGUAUAACAGGGAACAUGAGAAUUAUUCGAACACUGCUCUCAGAGAAAACAUUUGGAGAGAAAUCGCAAAUGAUCUAGGCGUUAGUGUGUACGCCAGCGUAUACUAUCGGCGAACUCAGACUUCGAUGCGAAUGAACGUAGCUCAACUAUGCAAAGACAAAUGGACAAGAAUAAGAGACAAUUUCCGCAAGGCAUUGUUGUUAAGGAAGCAAUGGAUAGACUCCGGCGCCAAAUGCAGUCGCCCGCCUAAACAUUACAACCGAUUGUCUUUCCUACUGCCCUACCUGAAGGACGACAACUUUCACCCUUUAGAAAAAGACAUAGAAGAUAAAAUCUGUGAAGAAGAGUGUUCUGAUUCUUCUCUCUCCAAUCCGACACCUCGGAAAGUAAUGAAACGCAGCGCUUCGAUAGUUGAAUUCCACGAAGAAAAUGAAGAAGGCGCAGAGAGAACUGAGGAAGUUCUAGUGUAUGAGUCCCAACCAGGCCAAAGCAGAUCUGAAUCUGAUCCUGUGUUGACUGAGUUUUUCGUGAACAUGGCCAACACUGUUGCUAGAUUUCCGGUGAAAAAGCAAUUGAAAAUUAAACAGAAGUUAUUCCAAAUGGUGUUUGACGUUGAGCUGGAGUUGGCUGAUAACGAGAGAGACACACUUUUUUGACAGGCUACGAUUUUUUUUAAUGAAAAACUGUACAGCAUUUACAUUUGAUUAAGUACAUAGGUUAAGUUGGUACGAAUACAUGAUUAUUUUCUAUUUGUA